AUGGGAUCCAGCACAGCCACCCGCUUCCCACCAAUUGAACAGGUGAAGACUCCAAGUCCAUCGGAAUAUCAAAAAUUCUGGACCCAGGAAGGCAAAUGUAUGCCAUCCUACACACCUUUCAACAGCAGCACAAAGUGGUUUCCAGAUCUAAAGUUGGAUUAUUCCUCUAACCCAGCCCCUGGGAUUUUUUGUAGUAACAUCGAGAUCGGCAGGAGGGUGCAGUGGCCGGGAAGAUUUGGAUCCCCAGAUUGGUCAGCUGUGCCAAGUCUAAAGAAGAGGUCACUGAGAUCGGAGCUUCCUACAGACAAAGAGUUCCGAAAAAAUAGGAACCGGGUGGCGUACCUGAAGCUCUAUGAAGCAGACAAGAAAUAAUCUCACGUGUGUUUAGGCAUUUACUAGCUAUGUAAGAGUAGCAACUAAAAUGAAAUACAAUAAAAAAAUAACCAAGUAUAAAUCUUGAUCACGUGAACACCUUUCUUGAUUCUGUCAUUCUGUCUGAAAUAUGUACACGCACUUCAUAUACUUUCUUUUAAGGAUCCCAGGAUUUUGUGGAUCAUAUAGAUAUUGUAUUAACUAUUUCCUUCCUAAUAAACAUUUUUCAUUAAGAGCCCAACAGCAGCUAGCGUUCUUAGCAUCAAAAUUAUUAUAAUAGCAAUGUAAGAAUUU